CGUUAUAAAUACGUGAAUUAGCUUUGAAUCCUAUACUACAUCCAACUUCUCAGUUCUUGUUCUUCCCUAUCGCUGACCAAAAUGGAGCUUCUACACGUAGGUUUAGGGUUAUUUUGCUCAUUUUUCCUCCACGCCCUCCUCCUCUCAUCCAUGCUCGAACUUUCCAAAUCUUUCAAUACCCUCGGAAACGAAACUGAUCGGCUCUCUUUACUCGUCUUCAAGGACGGACUAACAGUCGAUCCGUUCGGUGCAACCAGAUCAUGGAACCAAACUCUCCAUUUCUGUCAGUGGGCUGGAGUUACAUGCAGCACCAGCUCUGGUCAUCAAAGGGUCACAGCCUUAAACUUUACAAGCCAGAGACUGGUGGGCCACAUAUCUCCUUACAUAUCCAACCUCACCUUCCUCAAGGAAAUACACCUGUCAAACAACAGCUUCCAUGGCAAAAUCCCACAAGAGAUUGGCCGUUUGCUCCACCUCCAGCUUCUCAAUCUAAGCCAUAAUUCAUUCAACGGUGAGAUUCCAGCCAACUUGUCCUACUGUUCAGACCUCAGAGUUCUCGACUUGCAUGAAAACCAGAUCACUGGAAAUCUUCCCACCCAACUCAGCUCUCUUUCAAACCUAGUUCUUCUAGACCUUGACACCAAUGGUUUUACAGGAAGCAUCCCACCUUCGUUUGGAAACCUUUCUUCUCUCAUCCGUCUUAAUCUACGGAAAAAUAGGUUACAAGGAAGAAUACCCCAUGAUCUAGGCCGAAUCACUACCAUAAUUUAUCUUCGAAUCUCUUUCAAUAAUCUACUCGGUAUGCUUCCUCUCUCGCUUUUUAAUCUUUCCUCUAUCAAUUAUUUCAACGUCGCCGCAAACCGACUAGAAGGAAAUCUUCCACAUGACAUAGGUCUUACCCUUCCUAAUCUCCAAAUACUGGUUUUAGGAGGUAACCGAUUCACGGGACUUUUUCCAAGAUCAUUACCUAAUGCCUCAAGGCUUGAAUCUAUCGAUAUCGCAGAUAACGAUUUUGAUGGAUCCGUGCCUAUGAAUAUCGGAAGACUUCAACAUCUUUGGCGCCUAAGCUUCCAAAUGAAUCGGCUUGGAAGUGGGAAAGAAGAUGACCUGAACUUCCUAACAUCUUUAACCAAUUGCAGUGGCCUACAAAAUUUAGCUCUGGGUGACAACCAUUUUGGUGGAGUGUUGCCCAACUCCAUAGCUAAUCUCUCGACCAAUUUAAGCUACCUAUACUUGGGAAGAAACCCAAUAUCUGGAAGAAUUCCAACAGGUAUUGAGAAUCUUGUCGGCUUGAUUUCAUUGUUGAUGGGCGAUAACCUUUUCGAGGGAACUAUUCCUAUCGGAAUUGGGAAGCUCAAGAACUUGAAGGAAUUCAACUUGAAUGGAAACCGACUUUCCGGUCAAAUUCCAUCUUCCUUUGGAAACAUUACUCGAUUGACUCAACUCUCUUUAUAUGGAAAUGGUUUGGAAGGAAGCAUUCCUUCAAGCUUCGGAAAUUGUUGGUAUUUACAAAACAUGGACCUUUCGAAAAAUAAGCUUAAUGGUACUGUGCCAAAAGAAGUAUUUAGUAUUCCAGCGUUGAGGGUUUUCUCUUUGAAUGAGAAUUCGUUAAGUGGGUCUCUAGCUUUGGAAGACAAUAACUUGACAAAUCUUGAGAAAUUGGAUGUUUCUAAGAACAAAUUUUCAGGCGAAAUUCCUAGCACAUUAGGAAAAUGUCUUCGCUUGGAAAACCUAUACAUGUCCAAUAACUUCUUUCAAGGAACCAUUCCUCCAUCUUUAAGUAAUCUAACACGUCUUCAAGGGCUAGAUCUUUCACGCAAUAACUUGUCCGGGCCAAUUCCAGAAUAUUUUGGGAAGUUUCCAUCUUUGCAGUAUCUAAAUCUUUCUUUCAAUGGACUUGAGGGCGAAGUACCAAAAGAAGGGAUCUUUAGAAAUGCAAGUGCAGUUGUUGCCCUUGGGAACAAUAAGCUCUGUGGGAGUGUCUUGGAAUUGCAGUUGCCCACAUGCCGUAACCAAGCUACCAAGAAGAAGGGAAGAUCGGUUUUGUUGAGAGCAAUAAUCUCAGCAGCCAGCAUCGCUUCGUUUGUGAUUCUAUGUGCGUUCAUCUUUCCAACUCUUUAUUUGAUAAGAAAGUCGAGAAGGAAGCACUCUUCCAUGUCUUUACCGGACGAUCCUUCCAAUUAUUUAUCAGAUGAUUCAUUCUUGAAAGUUUCAUAUGCGGAUCUUCUUCAAGCUACUGAUGGAUUCUGCUCUACCAAUUUGAUUGGUAUGGGGAGUUAUGGCACGGUGUAUAAAGGAGUCCUAAGCCCUGAUGCAGUUGUUGCAGUGAAGGUACUCAACCUUCAACGCAGAGGAGCUUCUAGAAGUUUCACGGCAGAAUGUGAGGCAUUGAGAAAUAUUCGACAUCGAAAUCUGAUUAAGAUCUUAACCGCUUGCUCAAGCAUUGAUUACAAAGGAAAUGAUUUCAAAGCGCUUGUUUUUGAAUAUAUGCCGAAUGGGAGCCUGGAGAGGUGGUUGCACCCUAGCGUGGAUGAGAAAUUUUAUUUGAGAAAUCUGAGCCUGGUCGACAGAUUGAAGAUUUCAAUCGAUGUGGCUAUUGCGUUGGAUUAUCUUCAUCACCGUUGCCAAACACCAGUAAUUCAUUGUGAUUUGAAACCAAGCAACAUUCUACUUGAUGAUGAUAUGAAUGCUCAUGUGAGUGAUUUUGGCUUAGCAAGAAUUCUCUAUGGAAAUUCUGGUGAUCGUCCUCAAAAUCAGAGCAGCACUAUUGAGUUAAAAGGAUCUAUUGGGUAUAUUUCUCCAGAGUACGGCAUGGGUGGCAGGGUGUCUACUCAUGGUGAUGUGUACAGUUAUGGAAUCCUUCUAUUGGAGAUGUUCACAGGAAAGAAACCCACUGAUCAAAUGUUUAAGGAUGGUCUAAGCCUUCAUCAACUAGCUAAGAUGGCCUUGCCGGAUCACGUGGAGCAUAUUUCAGAUCAACGAUUAAUCUUAGAGGAAAAUGAUGAAAUUUUGGAAAGUGCUAGAAAUAGAAUGCGAGAGUGCUUGGUUUCGGUGAUCAAAAUUGGUGUAUUUUGUUCGACAGAAUUGCCAAAGGAAUGA